GGAUAGCAUUGUCUUUGUGAUCUGUGUAUAAAAAAAUACUAUUCAUUUGUUUUGGUGAAAAAAGAACGCUUUUAUGGUGUCGCUUCCAAAAUAGCAAUCUAUUUUCGUUUUUACUUUUAAAGGCUAUUAUCAUUAUUAGAAUGAGUUUGGAAAAAUGUGCAAUGUUUUGUGGUUGGACAAAUCUGGUCACGUGACUUUCUGAAAAUACUCUUUGAACAAAAUGGCGGCCGCGUCAGAAAUUUUGGGAAAGAAAGCAGACUCAGAAACAACGAUAGACAACAACAUUAAAACAGAAGGGAGCUCUAGCUGUGAUGAACUAACUAAUGGACAAGCGAAGGAUGAAAAUCCUCGUAAAAUCGUUUCAAAUAAUGAACAAAGUUCUAAUUUAAUUCGUUCGGACUCACCGCAGCUAAAAACUGGUUUCUUGAGAUCUUUCGUGGAAAAGAAGCAACAGCCUAGCUCUGAGUUUAAUUUAGAUACCCACGAUACUUUUGGAUCAAAAAGUGAGACUUCUGAGUGUUCUAAGACCAGUAAAAAUAGUACCAGAGAGCCAAGCCUUUGUAAAUGGAAUGAAUGUACAGCGCACAUCUCAUGCACAUCAGAUCUCUCGGAACAUGUCCAUCAAUCUCACGUUGAGCCGAUGGUUACGCAAGAUGUCUAUGUGUGUCUUUGGCAAGGAUGUAAGGUUUUCAAUAAACCUAGCUGUUCACAUUCUUGGCUUUCAAAGCAUAUGAACUCUCACACAGGGGAUAAACCCUGGAAGUGUGUUAUUGGCGGCUGUAGUUUGUCCUUUGCAUCUUGUGAGGGUCUCUCCCGCCACGUCUCUCAGCAUUUCAAUGAACCUAAGGUCCCAAAGAGGCCACGAGGGGAGAACAAACACUCUCCACACAAGGCGGGGAGGAAAAAAAAGAUGAAAGUUGUGCAGAGGAGACACAGACCUCCAGUUGCAGUCAAAGAAGAUUUUAUAGAUACCAAAAGUAUGGAAAGUAUAAAGAAGUCUCUGCCAAAGAUGAUGCCUGAGUCCCAUUGCCGCGUGGGUAUAAAUGGAUCAAAACUCACUCUUUACAGCAAGGUUAUGGGAAGAAGGACCCUUGAUAAGACGGAAAAGGUAGAAGUUUUACUACGAUGGCUUCCUGAAGAUAUAUUACAAGAUGAAUGGGUUUGUGUCAAGGAGCUUGAUGAAAACAAGUGCCGCUCAGUGUCAAUUUCGUCCUUACCCAAUCACGUGGUGUCUGACCUAGACCCCGCCUUUUAUAGACGACUCUCCCAUAGAAAAUCCCACAGAAAAUGAAGACUACCGUCCUUUUUUCACUUAGGAAGUGAGCGGAUAUGGAGAGCUAAGCGAAGUGAGGGGAUAUGGAGAGUUAAGCGAAGUGAGCGGAUAUGGAGAGUUAAGCGAAGUGAGCGGAUAUGGAGAGCUAAGCGAAGUGAGCGGAUAUGGAGAGCUAAGCGAAGUGAGGGGAUAUGGAGAGCUAAGCGAAGUGAGGGGAUAUGGAGAGCUAAGCGAAGUGAGCGGAUAUGGAGAGCUAAGCGAAGUGAGCGGAUAUGGAGAGCUAAGCGAAGUGAGCGGAUAUGGAGAGCUAAGCGAAGUGAGCGGAUAUGGAGAGUUAAGCGAAGUGAGCGAAUAUGGAGAGCUAAGCGAAGUGAGCGGAUAUGGAGAGCUAAGCGAAGACGUAGUGUGCCAUUGUGUCUAAAAUGGAGGGGUGGGUGCCUACUGCGGUCCUGAGACAUGAGAUGCUUACAGAGCUGUUAACCCUAUUCAGACCGGGCUUUUUGAGGUUUCCUCUAACCAGGCCUCUUUCGGCCCCCCGUCCGUAACUUUUGAACCAUUAGAGCUAAUAUGACCAAAUUUUCAAAGAAUCAUUAUCUGAC